AUGCUUGGUCAUCAUCUACGUACGAUUCCUUCGCCCUACACCUGUGUGCGAACUGCAAAUUGUGUUAUUUCUAGGCCAGGAGCAUUAGAGCCCGAAAGCCUUGUACCACUAGUCACAACCGGUAAUACGAUUCCUCUAACUCCUGCUAGCAAUUCAAGUCAAGUAGUCAUUAUUAACACCACACGAUCUCCUACGGAUCCAACUCCUCAAGCAGCAAGGACGGGUCCCUCGCCUGUUGUACACAUUCCUGCAAUUACAACUGCAGUGACGUUAACGGGGCCGACAGGACUUAGAAUUCAUAUGACGAUACCUGGUAGUGAAUUUGCUAGAUAUAUUGUGACAACUAUUCCUAACAGUAGGGUGACGUACGAGACAGUCGAUGGAUGUGUAGCAGACUCGAGAGCAUCAGGAGAAUCAGGAACGUCUAACUCGGUGGAUGAAAAGAAAUCUCUAGAGGCAGCGGUGCAGUCAACGUCGAGAGAACACUCACGACACGCAUCGCCAGUACAGUCGCCACCACAAGCAUCACGCUCGCCUCAACGACGUACAUGUCAACGUCAGCGAACUCCCCCAUUAUUCAGUACUGUGAAGAGAACGAUAAGAGGGACAUUAGCGGCAAAAAAGAAGAAAAGGAAGUGGUGUCAGAAACAGGUGAAGACAGCAAAGGAGUGGCUUCAAAUAUUGAUCAAGAAGUUUCGAAAGACAGUCCCAGUGCAAUCGCCACUACCAGAACCACUUUCAUCAUCGGCGCUAGCUCCAGCUCCGAAUCCAACUCAAAGUCCAACUCAAAGUCCAGCUUUAAUACCAGCCCCAGGUCCAACUCCAGGUCUGGGGUCAACGUCAGCUCUAGUUCAAGCCCCAGAGCAAGCUUCAGAGCACCCCCCAAGAAACGAAAGUAUAGAAAAUUAA